CUUUUUUUGUUUCCUUUCCUCCAACCCAACCCCCUUUCUUUUCUUUCUUCUUCUAACUCUCACGCCACACGCACUCUUUGCUUCUCCGUUAAAUCGCCGUCACCAACGUCAACUCUCAUCGCCGUCAUCGUUCAAUCGCCGUUACCGUCAACUCCUCCUUCCUCAGGUACAUUUGUAUUUCUGGAAUUAUUCUAAACAAUAUAAGCUGGCCUAUCAUUCCUAGUUGGAAUUUGUAAGAAGAUACUGUACAAAUUGUUCAACGAAAAUAAAUGGAGCUGAAAGCUUCAUCUCCAAAACCAGAGUCUGUUGCGCCAUCUGAUUGUGUCAGUGAUCCUGAAGAAAAGGAAGUGAGUGACGACGAUGACGAUGAUCGGAAUCAUAAACAUCGGAGAAGGGAAGAUCGAUCUCAAUCAUUGGAGAGAGACGUUUCAGAUCCAGUUAUAAACAGGCCAUUCAAAAAGCGUAACAAAUUUUUUGGGAAUCGCCAUCCUUUCAGAGAAAAUGAAUCUCUUUCCUUUGAAACAAUGAGAACUUACAGUGAUGCUACCAUAGAUAAAGAGUUUUAUCCCAAGUUUGAAAGAAGGCGCCCUGGGAUGACUUCAGUUCCUCGAACACCUUUUGAUAUGAGUCAAAGACUACGGCCAAAUCAAUCAUUUGUUGGAGAUCCUGGUGCUGGUAGGGGAAGAGGCAGAGAAUCUGGUUUUUGGAAUCAACGUGAAUCUAGAUUCAGCUCAAUUGAUGUUGCCUCUCAAAUGGUUCAACAGGGACCCAUUCCUGCAGCCCUUUAUACUGGACGUGGUUUACCAAAUAUAUCAAAUGCACAAAAUGCAUCUUGGAAUACCUUCGGUUUAAUUCCAGCAGUGCCCAAUGGCGGCUUAGACAUGCUUCAUCCAAUGGGUUUACAAGCGCUUAGACAACCUAUUAAUUCAUCUUUAAAUGUGAAUAUUCCUCGUCAAAGAUGCAGAGAUUUUGAGGAACGUGGAUUCUGCCUUAGAGGGGACAUGUGCCCUAUGGAACAUGGUGUUAAUCGAAUUGUCAUUGAAGAUGUUCAGAGUCUUUCACAGUUCAACCUUCCUGUUUCGCUUCCAAGUGCACACUUAAAUGGAGCACCUGCUGGAUCUGGAUCUGGAUCAGUACAUUCAGUCAAUGCUUCAAUGAACAGUAAAUGUAAACCUGGAACAAUUUCCAAGUCUGUAGUCAGUGAUGUUGGUUUGCCUAUGGAUGGUGCAUAUCCUGGUUGCACAAGUGGAGCUGAUCUUUAUGAUCCAGAUCAACCACUGUGGAAUGAUAAUGGUCUGGAAUCUUCAAAUGCACUCCUAAAUCUGCAGUCAUCAAAGAUUGAUGAUACCGAGCCUAUAUCUAGUGAUGCUCCAAAUAGUGUUUUCCCAGUUGAAGCUACCAGAACUUCUGUCAGUUUACAGAGUAAUAGUCCAUCUGUCUGGGGCAGAAUUGGUAGUUCAAAAAAUAGAUUUGACACAAAAGAGAAAACUAACCCUACAAUGAGUUCUUUUCAUUUUCCUGAGAAUCAAUCCAAGGAAGAUACUGAUGAAUUAGUAGGUUCUCACAGUGCUUCCUCUCAAGGUAAGCAAAUCAUAGCAGAUGAUGCUAUCCCAAGAGUGCCGGAAGCAUCUUUGAAGGCACAGACUGAUAGUAUGCGUAACAUACGUAAACCAUCACAGAAGGCAUUGCGUACUCUAUUUGUAAACGGGAUACCUCAUAAAAGUAACAGAAGGGAGACUCUUCUUGCUCAUUUUAAGAAGUUUGGGGAGGUUAUUGACAUUUAUAUUCCAACAAACAGUGAACGAGCUUUUGUCCAAUUUUCCAAGAGGGAAGAGGCUGAAGCUGCCUUGAAGGCACCCGACGCUGUAAUGGGCAAUCGUUUCAUCAAGCUGUGGUGGGCUAAUCGUGAUAGCAUUCGCAGUGAUAGUACUACUGCUACAAGUGGUAAUGGUGCAAAUGCAACUCCCCGUGGGCAAGCACCCAUUUUCAUUCCAUCUUAUCCAGUAGUCACUGAUAAGGGAAAAGAUAUCCAUCAACCUGAUUCUACAAGGACUGUAUUAGAAGUGUCAUCACCUUCUGACCAACCUAAGCCGGUCAUUGCAGAUGGUUCCAAGGUUCCACCUCCUUUGCAGAGGAAGCUUGAUAACUUGGAGUAUUUAAAGGAAGAACUGCGCAAGAAGCAGGAAAUGCUGGACCAAAAGCGUAAUGAAUUCAGACGCCAGUUGAACAAGCUUGAGAAACAAGCUACAGGACUCAAGGGUGAAGUUGCUACUGAGCAAGCUGCCAAGAGACCUAAAACGAGCAUGGCAUCCGAUGUUGCCAAACUGGCUUCUCCUCAAUCGUCUGAUGCUGAUAUUGGUAUGUCAUCUCCACAUGCAGAGUCAACAGUGGAUAAGAAUAAACAGCUGGUUAAUGCUGUUUCCCAAAGUCCUAAACCAAGUACGAGAUUACAAGAACCUACAGGCUUGAAGCAGUCAAUUCAACCAUUAGUGUCUGUAAAUAGAUACAAACUGGAUAAUCGUCCGACUGCAUUUAGAAUCAUCCCACCUUUGCCAGUCGGUCUAGCAAAUGUUACUGCUUUAAAGGAACACUUUUGCCCAUAUGGUGAACUUUCUUCUGUAGAGCUAGAAGAUGUCCAAGUCAAUGAUAGUAGCCAACAAGAGGCGCGUCUAAACUUCACUACUCGUGGAGCAGCUGAACAGGCAUUUAUAAAAGGUAAAUGCUGGAAAGACCAUAACCUGAGAUUCAUGUGGAUGACACCUACCAAUUCUGGCAAUGCCACUGUUAGUAGAGAACGUUCUCUAUCUGUUCCUCCCAGCGAGCCCUUAGAUACAGACAGCCAUUCUGAAGAGAAAUUGGAAAACUCUGUAAACCACCACGAAUCAGUUGUGCCUGAUGGUGAGCAUAAAGAUUCUGAAACUAAAAAUGGUUUGGAGCUUAUGGAAACUGAACCAGGUGAAGAUCAACACUGUACCACCUGUCAAGUUUCUUCUGCAAAACAAUCACCCGAGCGCAAUGUCUGUUGAGGAUCUACUAAUGAUCGGAUUUGUACAGCGAGGUAAAAUUUUAAAGCUAUCAAACUCUAAUUUUCGGGAGCAUUUUUUCCCUUUCAAUUUCUAAAAUAUUAUUAUUUGAUGUUCCUUUUGUUAAUGUUCAAGACAUGUAAAUUUCCUUCUAUUUUGCCGCCUCCUGUAUUUGGCGGUAUUAGUCGAAUGGUGCAUCAUGUUAUUUCUCAGCUUUUGGAUAGUUCUUUAGUAGGAUCAAAGUUUUGAAGAUCAAAAUUAAUGUUAAAAGCCAUUGAACGGUUACUUGACAAAUAUUUGGGAACCCCCUUUCCUUUGUAGCAACAGUAGAAAAAUAUAAUUUUAACUCCAUCCUUGAAA